CUCUCUGCUCCCACUCUGGGCAUCUUCCUAAUUUCUCCUGAUGCUUCCACCCUCGUCAUUCUCAAUGAAGGCUUCCAGGUCUGCCCUCUCCUCAUUCACUCACUGAACUUACUCCACUUUCCUUCUCUCCCUCCAGAUCUUAUUUGCUUUCUAUUGCAGAGCUUUCCGUUGCCCUUCUAAAUUUAUCUUCAUCUAACCUGCUCCGAGGAACCCAUCCGAAUCCCACCAGAGUCUCCAAGGAUCCAUCGGGAAUUCCUCUGCCCUGUCUGUCCUGCCAGCUUUGCUCACAGUCUCCUCUUGGCUUUGCUUAGAAAUCACCCCUGUCCUUUUCUGCCUCAACCUGCUCUCCACGGGUCACUUUCAUUUUGUCCCCUAUCCAAUUUUGGGAUAAUACCCGAUGAUAACCCCUCGGUUCCUUGUGAGUUUCUUCCUACUUCUGGAGAUGGUGAAAUCAGGAUCGAAAAAGCAGAGUUCCACCGUGUCCCUCUCUGAUACCGUGCAGAAAUGGAGGGAAUACCGACAGCAAUGUCUAAGCAGCUUCCUCCAGACACCUUCCGCCUUGACUGGCAGGUUUUGUAACAGAACAUUCGAUGAUUAUGCUUGCUGGCCAGAUGGCGUUCCUGGAACAUAUGUAAAUGUGACCUGCCCCUGGUACCUCCCGUGGGCACACAAAGUUUUCCAGGGGAAAGUUUAUCGAUACUGCACCACAGAAGGGACAUGGCAAAUUAAGGAAAACUCCAGCACUCCCUGGAGGAAUUUCUCAGAAUGUGAGGACAGAUCGCUGAAGGCACAGCCAGAGGAACAAUUGUCAUCACUAUCGAUUAUUUAUACAAUCGGGUACUCUCUGUCCUUCUCAGGACUAGUGAUUGCAACAUUCAUCCUGGUGAGAUUCAGGCAUCUGCAUUGCACCAGAAACUACAUUCACCUCAACCUCUUCACCUCCUUCAUCCUGCGAGCCAUCUCUGUGUUUAUAAAGGACUCUGUGCUGAGAUGGAUGUAUAAUACAGCCAUUUACGAUAACCAGUGGGACGGACUCAUCAGCUACCAGGAAUCCCUUAGCUGCCGUCUGGUCUUCGUGAUGAUGCAAUACUGCGUGGCGGCCAAUUACUACUGGCUCCUGGUGGAGGGCAUCUAUCUGCACACACUGCUUGUCGUCUCUGUCUUUUCGGAACAGAGACUUUUUAGAUUUUAUCUGUGCAUUGGGUGGGGUGUACCGAUGCUCUUUGUUAUUCCCUGGGGUAUAGUCAAAUACCUGUAUGAAGACGAUGGGUGCUGGACUCGGAAUUAUAACAUGAAUUACUGGCUGAUUAUACGACUUCCCAUCCUGGUUGCUAUUGGGGUGAACUUUGUGAUCUUUAUCAGAGUGAUUUGCAUUAUCAUCUCCAAGCUGCAAGCAAAUCUCAUGUGCAGAACUGACACCAAAUGCAGACUUGCCAAAUCCACUCUGACACUGAUCCCUUUACUGGGAACCCAUGAAAUUAUCUUUGCAUUUAUCACGGACGAACAUGCUAAGGGGAUCAUACGCUACAUCAAACUCUUCUUUGAAUUAUCCUUCAGCUCCUUCCAGGGAUUAAUGGUUGCUGUUCUGUACUGUUUUAUCAACAAUGAGGUCCAGGCUGAGUUUCAGAAAAGGUGGGAACGGUGGAGGUUGGAGCAUUUAUACAGCCAAAGAGACAGCUCUAUGAAACCGAUUAAAUUUCCAGCCAAUAGCCUCAGCAGUGGAGUGACAGUGGGCAGCAGUGUCUAAUUCGUGAUGUUAAUGAUCCCUGUCAAUCACGGAGGCCCUGAGCUUCGAAAAUGGCAUUUUCACUACGGAUACAGGAAGAGAAUAUCCACGAGCAAUGAGAUUUAGCAAUUAUGUGAUCACAAAAAUACGAACAUGCAUUUUCAGAAAACAGACCAUGAACAUCCUGCUGUAUUUAAGCUCAAUGCUUGUGUUGGUGAAUGAACAAGUGGAAACGAUCCAUCCACAAUUCACUUAGUAAGAUUUGAAGAAUGGUGAGCAACAACGAUGAAGAGAGUUUUUACAGAAAUUGUAAGAGGCAGACUGGCAGGCUGAUGUCAUUUUUUAUUAUGACAGAAGCACAGAUGGGAUCGAAACAAACAAAACAUAUCACAUGGACAAAAUGACAACGGGUUUCAGAAGAAACACAACAUACCAUUUCUACCAUACUUUUAUGUACAGAUCAAUA